UUCAUGGGCAAGCCAUCUCUUUGAUUAUUUUCAUAUAUUUUAUGCUUUGAGUCUUUUUUUUCUUUUCUUCUUCUCAUUUUAUUGUUUUCUGAGAGUAUACACAUUCUACAUGUUACAAUAGUUUUAAACAUGAUUUUUGAUACCUCUCUGUGUUCUCAAAACCAUUAACUCAUCUGUGUUCUCAUAACCAUUAACUCAUCUGUGUUCUCAUAACCAUUAACUCAUCUGUGUUCUAUAAGUAUCUUCUGCAAGAGGCAUCAAGAGCUGGAAAGAGAAAACGGCAGAGAUGGCAAAGUAUAAGGUGGACAAGGAUUUGGGUUGUGGUUUUAUGGGUGGGAUUUUCCAGUGCAGAAGCUACUGGUCUAGAAAAUCCUCUGUUCAUUCACUACCUUCAAACAGUAGCAAAAAUGAUUUGAAAGCACCAAUCAAUGAUAAUUAUUCUACAAAGUCUGAAGAAUCCAAGAGCCAACAACCCAAAUCCACAGAGGCUGCUAUUGUAGUCUCCUCCAAUUCGGGUAGACAUUCUCCGAAUCGAGACUCGAAACAUGCCAGGAAGCCUAGCUUGGGUCAUCCAAGGCUUUCAGCUUGUCACCAGAAGGUUCAACCGAGAAGGCAUUCAGAUGCUGGAAGAAGGUCAACAUCUUCAUCCAAUGGUACUUCAAGCCAAAUCAAGGUGUUGCAAAUCCAGGACUUGUCGAAAGAGACGAAGCUACAAAGGGCAUCCACUACUAGCUCUGCAGAGCUCAGUAGGAAGAUCACUGAUCACCAGCAAGCCAAUGAAAGCAAACCUCUGGUCCGAGCCACUUCAAGUAAUAUGGUGAUUUCAGGACAGUUGGGGAACUUGAGGCAGCCCGGAGUUUCGAAUCAGGCGGCUAGCAAUAGUCCCAUUGCAACAAUCAAGACUCUGACUUAUCAUCCUAGAAAUCUUGAAGACUCGAAUUCGACACCUACCAGAAAAAAUGGAUUUGGAAAACUAGGAGGCAAUGUUGUGAUGGGUAACAUUGUGAGGAAGAACAGUGAUGAGUUUGGAGGUCUUGCCUGGAACAAGUUAGACCCUGAGGUGUUGAAGUCCAUGGGAAAUGAGGCAUACAAACAGGGCAGAUUUGAAGAGGCCUUGGCUUUUUAUGACCGAGCAAUUGCUUUGGAUUCAAAUAAGGCUGCUUAUCACAGCAAUAAAGGAGCAGCUUUGGUUGGUUUAGGCCGUCUCAUCGAGGCGGUUUUCGAAUGCAAAGAAGCAAUCCAGAUUGAGCCUUCUUAUCACAAAGCUCAUCAUCGGUUGGCAACAACUUAUCUCAGAUUGGGAGAAGCAGAGAAAGCAUUGGAUCACUACAAACACUCGGGCCCAUAUGCUAACUCGAAAGACGUUGACCAAUGUCAGGCUCUUCAAAAAUGCCUCAGCAGAUGCACUGAAGCUCAGAAAUUACAAGAGUGGAAUAUUUUGCUGAACGAGACCCAGCUAGCAAUUUCCUCAGGUGCCAAUUCUGCUCCACAGGUCUUUGCUCUACAAGCUGAGGCCUUGCUGAAGCUUCACAGACAUCAAGAGGCCUAUGCCACCUACCAAAAACGACCCAGUUUCAGCAUUGAUAUAUGCACCAAGUUCUUUGGCUUGGCAAGUAGUGCUUAUCUGUUAAUGAUUGGGGCUCAGGUUUACUUGGCUGCUGGCAGGUUUGAAGAUGCUAUAGCUGCAGCUCAGAAUGCAGCACGACUCAAUCCAAGUGACAAGAAUGUCACUGCGGUGGUGAAGAGGGCUCGAGCUGUUGCAUCAGCCCGAGUGAGUGGUAACCUUCUCUUUAAGGCAUCAAAAUUUUCGGAAGCAUGUGUAGUGUAUAGUCAAGGACUGCAGCAUGAUCCACACAACUCAGUUUUACUAUGCAACCGAGCAGCUUGUCGUACUAAACUGGGACAAUUUGAAAAGGCCAUUGAUGAUUGCAAUGCAGCACUUAAUGUGCUGCCUUCUUACAGCAAGGCUAGGCUGCGCCGGGCUGAUUGCAACGCCAAGUUAGAAAGGUGGGGGGCUUCAAUUCAAGAUUAUGAAGUUCUGAUAAGAGAAACUCCUGGAGAUGAGGAAGUUGGCAAGGCUUUGUUUGAAGCCAAGAUCCAGCUCAAAGCACAACGCGGCGAAGAUAUUAAGGACAUGAAAUUUGGUUCAAAUUUGGUCCUCAUCUCCAGCAAUGAGCGCUUCAGACAUUUUGUGACCUCUCCAGGGAUGUCUGUGGUGCUGUUUUGUAGCAAAACCAAACAAAAGCAAGUGUUGCAAGCCCUACAUCAAGUCUGCACAAGAUUCCCAUCUGUCAAUUUUCUCAAGGUGGAGGUGGAAGACCAUCCAUACUUGGCCAAAAUGGAGGAUGUGAGCACAAUCCCAGCCUUCAAGAUAUACAAAAAUGGAUCAAGGGUCAAAGAAAUUCCAGGCAGCAACCAUGAAUUAUUAGAAAGCUCAGUCAAAUUGUACAGCAGUUGAGGAUUCUUAAGUUAAAAAGAAGACAUAUUACACUUGAUAUAUUGUUCAUAGGCAAGGUGACAGGCAGCAGAAACUUCACAUCUUGCAAAAGAAGAAAGCCCACAUGACAGAAUAAAAAUAGAAAUUGAUUGGGCCAAUUAUAUGUGCUUAAUAACUUUGCCUGCAUUGCACAUAAAGCAAAAAGGGUGGGAAGAGAAUCAAUGCAAAAGAUAAAAUCACGGAAGAAAGAAAUUUGAGUGGAGUUUUAUUGUAUUUCUUCAUCUGAUUCUUUUAAAAAAAAAAUCUUUUGAAAGUUUUAUGGGGUCCUAUGUUCUCCCAACCCCAUAUGUUGCACACCAACCUGGCAAGCAAACAUGAAUUGUGGUUGAUCAGAGGAAGUUUCAUAUUUGUUCUCUGUUUUUGUCUUUUCAAAACCUAGAAAUUAUGUUAUCAAAAGGUUGACUGAUUAGGACUGGUAUUAUA